CAAUCAUUCCCCUUUAAAUUGGGCUAUAAUCUCAAAUGUGAAAGUGAAAGUGUUAGAUCUGUUGAGCUGUCGACACGCUCAUGGCGCUGGUUUCUAGAUAAUUUCGUUAUAGAUCAUGAGAGACUCAUUUAUUUUACAAUAAAAAUGAACAAUCUUAAAUCGUUUGUCAUACUGCCGACGCUCAUAAUGAUGAUUUCUGAUGGUUUCAUUGUGAGAGGUCCAUCAGGUCCUCUGGUUGUUCCUCUGGGAGGUUCAGUUCUUCUGCCCUGUUCUGUUGAUUCACUCUCAUCACUGAAGGAUCUGGAGGUGGAAUGGAGAAGAUCAGACUCACAGACGCUUAUUUCUCUGUAUCAAGAUGGAGAUAUGGAGAGUUUUGAUGAUAGAGCUCAUUCCAUAACUGAUGACUUUACCGCAGGAAACUUCUCUCUACUGUUGAUGAAUGUGACAGCUGGAGAUGAAGGACAAUACACAUGUAAAGUUCACAGUGGACCAGAGUCUCACGAAACUAUGGUGGAAAUUAAAGUCGAGCGUUUGAUUGUGACAGGAUCAAAUAAGUCCAUAUCAGUGUAUGUUGGUGAAGACGUGACUCUGAACUGCUCUGUGGACUCUCACAUCCCACCUGAAGACAUUGAAGAGGUUUCAUGGAAGAAAACAGAUAAAGAUGAACACAUCACAGUUCUGCUCUAUCAAAACAAUGAGGUUUAUCCAGAAGCAUCAGAUGAGCAAUACAGAGACAGAGUUGAGUUCUUCAGUGAUGAAAUCCACAGAGGAAACUUCUCUCUCAGACUGAAGAGAGUCAGAACUGAAGAUAAAGGACUUUACAUGUGUCAAGUUUUUGCUGGACAAUUUUCAGACAACACGACUGUAACACUGCAACAACUGGGUUUUUCAGGUUUACACACAAUGGUGUUGAUGAUGUGUAUUGCUGCAUGUGGAUCUGCAGUUAUAAUCUGCUGUCUGAUCUACUGCACAUCACAAAACAAAGAAAAACCUGUCAAGACUCUUGGAUAUUUGUAUGUGUUUCUUCCAAAUAUUGUGAUGUUUGUGGCUUUUGUUCUGUGGGGUGUAACAGAAGGAUUUCUGUAUGAGACAAUAUUGUGCUGUGCUCUUUGUCUUCUGAGGCCUCUGAUGUUGAUUAAUGUUGCUCCAUAUUCAGAGAAAGUGUUGACGUCUCGUGUUUUCCUUGAAUUUGUACUGUUUAUAGUAGUUUAUUUUUCAGUUCUUUUUAAACUUGCUUGGGAUGCAAGUGCAAAUUACACACAGGAUGACAGAGUUGUAACAAUAGUCGUGUUUGCAGUUGUGAUUCUUCUCUUUGUCGCCACAAUCAUUUAUAGAUUGACAAAAAAGCUGGACAUACCCUGUUCUGGAAAAAAGUGUGACGGAGAGGUCUGUAAAUGGAUGUUGGGGAAAUUAAAAGUUAUAUCUGAGUUCAGCUUUUUUUUCCUGCCUUCACUUCAAUUCACCCUUGUAUUCUUCGCCUUUGGAGCUGGUGGUAGAGCAGGUCUUUUGGCCAGUGUACUUUUUCCAGUGUUCUUUCUCCUGACAUUCAUUUGUUUAGGUAACUUUAAGGGGGGAAAGAAAAGCUGUUCAGAACUGAUCUUAAAAAUAUCGUGGUUGAUCUUCAUGCUUAUAAUGAAUGCAGCUAUGGUCUAUUUCUUUGUUACAUCACUCGAAAAUGAAAAAGAUGCUGCUGGAUGGACAUGUACUGCUGUAUUUCUACAAGUUCUGUGGAUGAUUGUAAUGUACAUAGAUGAGCUUGAAGAUUCAGAUGUUCCCUGUAAAACAUUUUUGUAUGUGUUUGGAUCAGUUGGUGUUGUUUUAAUCAUGGCUGUUGCUCUGAUGACUGAACUGAUACUGAAAACAGUUAAUGGUGAUCGUGCUGUGGGGGAUUUGAGAGUCAUUGUUUAUUCAUCUGAAGGCCUGUUUACAUUCACUGUGCUGAUUUUCAUCAUGUUUGAACCCUGGAUUUCUGAAUUAAAGUGUCAGCAUUCUUGUCAGAAUGCAGAGCGUCCUGAUGAAAAUCCAGGCACCGAAUUAACCGUUACCAGAGAGAUUGAGAUCGAGCUGCUGAAUUCAUGAAAUGAAUCCUCUAGUACUAAACCUAACAAUGACGGGAGAUCAUUCUAGCAGAUUCUUCACAAACAUUGAGACCAUAAGAUCAAACUAUGAACUCCAAGAGUUUGUGAUUUCUCUAUUUAUAAUGUUAAAUGUUUACAUUUUUUUAUUUAACAGUUUUUGCAAUGCAGCUAAGAAAUAAGGCACAUCACAAUUACAUUGUGAUAGAAGCCAUGUAAAUGUUUUCUUUUUUUGUCCUAUGCAUGUUUCAGCUGCCUAAACUUAAAGGAUGAUGAGGAAAAGAAGAUUGUGUUUUUUGCAGGCCUGUAAAUGUCAUCUGUGGAUGGAUCUGUGAACAUAAAAUAUAGCUUUUGCUUCAUAAAGAUGUUUUUAUCUUUAAAAUCUUUAAAUAGCAGCAAGAAUCUGUUAGUAAGAAUCCAGAUCAAAGAUUAAACUGGAGAAAAACAUUCAUGUCAAUAGGUAUAGCAUUGUGUUAACAACGAACAUGCCGUGGAUUCGAUCAACACAAAUACUGAUAAAAGAAAUGUAUGGACUGAGUGUGCUGUAAGUGGAUUUGGAUAAAAGCAUCUGCCAAAUGCAUAAAUGUAAUGUACAUUAAACAUCUGCAUGUGCUCUUCUCAACAGACAAAUAAAACAAAUCAUUUUAAAGACA